AUGGAGGGGAUCGAGCACAGAACAGUGAAGGUCAAUGGAAUCAAUAUGCAUGUUGCUGAAAAGGGUGAUGGCCCAACAAUCCUCUUCCUCCAUGGCUUCCCGGAGCUCUGGUACACAUGGCGCCACCAGAUCCAAGCCUUGGCCGCCCUCGGCUACCACUGUAUCGCACCUGACCUCCGUGGAUAUGGCGACACCGAUGCUCCACCGUCUCCAACAAGCUACACCUGUCUCCAUGUGGUGGGGGACCUGGUGGCCCUCAUAGACUCGCUGGGCGGAGAACCGGUGUACCUGGUAGCCCAUGACUGGGGUGCAAUGAUCGGAUGGUACCUCUGCAUGUUUCGGCCGGAAAAGGUGAAGGCUUAUGCUUGCAUUUCCGUACCCCAUCGGCCAAGACAUCCCAAGAUGAAACCUACUGUAGCCAUGAAAAGUUUCUUUGGUGAAGAGUACUACAUGUGCAGAUUUCAGGAAGCUGGAGUGAUUGAAGCUGAGAUAAAAAGCAAUAAAACAGCAGAAUUUCUAAAGAGGAUUCUAACAGAUAAGAGACCAGGACCCCCUUGCUUGCCUAAAUCUGAUCCUUUCAGACUAAAGGGGCUGGAUUCACCAUUGCCAUUGCCACCAUGGUUAUCGGAGGAGGAGCUUAAGUACAACGUGGAUAUGUUCGAGAAAACAGGCUUCACUGGGGGGUUGAACUAUUAUCGUGCUUUGGAUCUGAACUGGGAGCUUACAGCAGCUUGGAGUGGAGCAGAAGUGAAGGUACCAGUGAUUUAUGUAGUAGGAGAUGAAGACAUGGUGUACACGACACCAGGGUUGAAAGAGUAUGUUCAUGGUGGUGGGUUCAAAAAAGAUGUGCCAUUGCUUCAACAAGUCAUUGUCAUGGAAGGUGUUGGUCAUUUCCUCAACCAAGAAAAGCCUCAGGAAUCCACUGCUAUCAUUUAUGAUUUCAUAAAAAACUUCUAACCACCGCGAGGCUAUAUAUUAUA